CAAUGGCGGGGUUAUGAAUAAUUUGGCGGUAGUAUGAAGUUAAAGGAGAGUAUUAAGACAUAUGAUGAGGUCAAUAUCCUACUUAAAUGAUGGGAUAUUUCAGCUUGUAAUAUCAAGAGUCCUCAAGUAUAAUAUAGUUGCUACGUAGCUUCAUCACCAGUAAAUCAUUUAAAACGAAUACCUAUUAAAAAACUCAGCACGGUUUAUCACUGUGAAUUUCGGAUUUUUCAAUUUCACAAUCAUCUCAAACAGCAACAACUUAUGAAAAGUGAUACGCGAGAAACUAUCACGACUGCUAAAAUUUGUCAAGAAUCUAGAAUAAUGAGGUCCAAGGAUAAGCAUUACUAACCUCGGGGUGCAAAGUAGGAUAAAGUUGAUGCGGGCUACCGUACUGGUAGUCCUGGUUGGUUUAAUAUCAGGAAGCGUGCAAUUCAAAUCAAACGUUUUAUGAUAUCUCACGCUCUACGAAUCAUCCAGUUAAUUUUUUCACGUUAUUACACUAUAAAUGUAGCGUGAAUUAUGCGGUAGACACUUCUGGCAUGGACGAAUUGCAGGCCUUCAACAGCAGUCAAAAUCAAGUGACCCCAGAUCAACGCAACUGUAGCGCAAUCACUGCAUAUCGAAAUUUUCUUUAAUUCUGUAUUCCAAGAUUUUAUUUAAUGAAAUACUAUUAAAGUAUUUGUCACGAUAGAUAUAAAGGAACUAGUUAAAUACCGGGAUAGUGCUCAUUAAAACUAACCAUUUUUCAAAGGAGCUACAUACAAAUGGUUAAUUUAAGUACUACUGUUCAAGAGGCCGCAGCGCGUGAGAUAACGCGUAUCGAGCGUAUUGGUGCACACUCACAUAUACGCGGUUUGGGCUUGAAUGAUGAUUUGGAAGCUAGACAGAUUUCACAAGGAAUGGUUGGGCAAUGUAAAGCCAGAAGAGCUGCCGGUCUUAUUUUGGGUAUGAUACGUGAAGGGAAAAUUGCUGGACGUGCAAUACUUCUAGCUGGUCCCCCUGGCACGGGAAAAACAGCAAUUGCUAUGGGUAUGGCCCAGGCACUUGGGCAUGAUACACCCUUCACUGCAAUGGCUGGUAGUGAGAUAUUCUCGCUCGAAAUGAGCAAGACAGAAGCUCUGACACAAGCUUUUCGAAAGUCUAUUGGUGUACGUAUCAAAGAAGAAGCAGAAAUAAUUGAGGGUGAAGUUGUUGAAAUACUAAUAGAUCGCCCUGCAACUGGGACAGGCGCUAAAGUCGGAAAACUAACACUUAAGACAACUGAAAUGGAAACAGUAUACGACUUAGGUCAGAAAAUGAUCGAGUCUCUAACAAAGGAAAAAGUUCAUGCAGGUGAUGUAAUCACCAUCGACAAACCUUCUGGAAAAGUUACAAAACUAGGCCUGUCGUUCACCAGAGCUCGAGAUUUUGAUGCCACAGGUGGUCAGACAAAGUUUGUUCAGUGUCCUGAGGGAGAGUUACAAAAACGAAAAGAAGUUGUUCACACAGUAACUUUACAUGAAAUCGACGUAAUCAACAGCAGAACACAAGGUUUUCUAGCAUUAUUCAGUGGAGAUACUGGAGAAAUCAAGUCAGAAGUCAGAGAUCAAAUAAAUCACAAAGUAGCUGAAUGGCGUGAAGAGGGGAAGGCUGAAAUUGUUCCUGGGGUUCUGUUUAUUGACGAAGUACAUAUGUUGGAUAUAGAAUGCUUUUCUUUCCUCAAUCGGGCUCUAGAAUCUGACAUGGCUCCUGUCCUUAUUGUUGCUACAAAUCGAGGUAUCACCAGAAUUCGCGGAACAAAUUAUCAAAGUCCGCAUGGAAUACCUAUUGAUUUGCUGGAUCGAUUGCUCAUCAUUUCGACCGAUCCAUACACAGACAAAGAAAUCCAAGCGAUUCUAAAGAUUCGAUGUGAAGAAGAAGACGUUGAUAUAUCAGAAGACGCACUGCUUGUGCUCACUCGAAUCGGCAUGCAGACAUCUUUGCGUUAUGCGAUUCAGCUUAUAACUACUGCGAAUUUAGUUUGCCGCAAGCGAAAGGGUUUGGAAGUGAGCAAAGAAGAUAUAAGAAAAGUGUACUCUUUGUUCAUGGAUGAAGCGCGUUCUACCUUGUUCCUCAAAGAAUACCAACAAGAAUUCAUGUUUAACGAAAUAGCUGAAACAAUGCCGUCAAAUUCAGGUGACAAACCAAAUGCCUAGUAACUUCUUGGAUUAUCGCAUUCUUGGAUAUAUUUGUGUGAAUAGAUUUGACUUUUUAUGCUAUUUUUACCACUGUCCAUUUGUUUGGGUUUUCACUUGAAAUAAAUUAGUUGCAUUCG